AGAUAUGGGUUACGUUUGGAAUAAAAUGCGUAUAUAGCUACCUUCACAAGAAAUUAAUGCUUGAUGUUGCACCAUACCAGCAUGCAUCAAUUACACCUAUAUAUGAACCAAAAACAAAACAUGACCCUAUAAAUAUUGCUUAUAUAGCAUAAAGAAUCCUAUUCCUAUACAGUUCAUGAAUGGCUAACCUCGGAGAUCGAAGACCAUCUGGUGAAAAGUUUGUGCCUGCUUCAGAUUGGACGCAGGAUGCCAAGGCCCAUUAUCUCUUUGUUGAUCUUCCUGGUUUUAAAAAGGAGCAGCUGAAACUUGAGCUUGCUUCCACUGGUCAUAUAACCAUCAGUGGAGAAAAGAUAGUGGAUGAGAACAAACGCAUAUAUUUCGAGCAAACCUUCGCACUGCCAGAAAAUUCAGAUAUGGAAAACAUCAGUGGAAAAUUCGAUGGUGAUUUUCUCCAUGUAACAGUCCCAAGGAAAUCAGUGGUAGAAGAAGAAAACAAGCAACAGGAGAGCGGGAAUGGAAAUUCCAAUAGCAUUGGAGAAAAGAUAAGUGCACAAGAGGAACCUAACAAACAUGGUGAAAAUCAAAGUGAACAUGAAGAAGGACAUGGUGAUCUGCAUGAACGGUGUUGCGAUGACGAGGCCAAAGGAGAGAUGAUUAGCAAUGAAACUUGCCGUGUUGCAGGUUUUCCCAAAGAGAUGAUAAGGAAGUGGGAACAAGAAGAUGGUCCAUUAGAGAUGGCAAUGAAGUUUCUGAAGAAAAAUAAAGGGGUUAUUCUUUCAGUUGUUAUAGCGUUUUCGAUUGGGGUUUUGGUGUAUCGAACGUUUGAAUCAGGUGGAGAAUAAGGAAGCAAUUUGUGUUCAUGAACUAAUGAUACUCUGAUGUAUAUGUUAUAUGCAUACACAUUUGCUUCAACAGAUGUAAAGAAUAAAAGAAAGCUGAAUUUCGAAUGAAGAACUCCAUUUUCUUUGUCCUUUAAA